CGGAGGUUGGCGCCGGUCGGGUGCUGGACGGGCGGCGCUCUCCGGUGGUCAGUUUCCUGUCUGCUGCGGCGGGACCCGGCAGCGAGGGGCGACACCAGCGGCGGGGAACGGACGAAGGGUAAGCACUGGUCCACGACGGAGGCGGCCCCGCGGGCUCCUGCGCUCAAGUCUGGACCGGCGGACCCAGCUGCUGACGGCGGCGGAAGCCGGAGCCCGGCCUCUUUUGUGCGGGACAUGGAGGUGUUGCCAUGGUGAUGGCGGUGGAAAACAGCGUGGUGCGGGUCGUGGUGCGGGUGCGGCCCCCCACCCCGAGGGAGUUGGAGAGUCAGCGGCGGCCUGUGGUUCAGGUGGUGGAUGAGCGGGUGCUGGUGUUUGACCCUGAGGAGCCCGAUGGGGGCUUCCUUGGCCUGAAAUGGGGCAGCGUUCCUGAUGGCCCCAAGAAGAAGGGUAAAGACCUGACGUUUGUCUUUGACCGGGUCUUUGGUGAGGCGGCCACCCAACAGGACGUGUUCCAUCACACCACCCACAGCAUCCUGGACAGCUUCCUCCAGGGCUACAACUGCUCAGUGUUUGCCUAUGGGGCCACCGGGGCCGGGAAGACACACACCAUGCUGGGAAGAGAGGGGGACCCCGGCAUCAUGUACCUGACCACCAUGGAACUGUACAGAAGGCUCGAGGCCUGCCGGGAGGAGAAGAAACUCGAGGUGCUCAUCAGCUACCAGGAGGUGUACAAUGAGCAGAUCCACGACCUCCUGGAGCCCAAGGGGCCCCUUACCAUCCGUGAGGACCCCGACAAGGGGGUGGUGGUGCAAGGGCUUUCCUUCCACCAGCCGACCUCAGCUGAGCAGCUGCUGGGGAUGCUGACCAGGGGGAACCGUAACCGCACGCAGCACCCCACUGACGUCAACGCUACGUCCUCCCGCUCCCAUGCCAUCUUCCAGAUCUUCGUGAAGCAGCAGGACCGGAUCCCAGGUCUGACUCAGGCCCUUCGGGUGGCCAAGAUGAGCCUGAUUGACCUGGCUGGCUCGGAGCGGGCGUCCAGCACCCACGCCAAGGGGGAGCGGCUGCGGGAGGGAGCCAGCAUUAACCGCUCGCUGCUGGCCCUCAUCAACGUCCUCAACGCCCUGGCCGACGCAAAGGGCCGCAAGUCUCACGUGCCCUACCGGGACAGCAAGCUGACCCGCCUACUCAAGGACUCCAUCGGGGGCAACUGCCGCACGGUGAUGAUCGCUGCCAUCAGCCCCUCCAGCCUGGCCUACGAGGACACUUACAACACCCUCAAGUAUGCCGACCGGGCCAAGGAGAUCAAACUCUCGCUGAAGAGCAACGUGAUCAGCCUGGACUCUCACAUCAGCCAGUACGCCAGCAUCUGCCAGCAGCUCCAGGCUGAGGUGGCCGCCCUGAGGGAGAAGCUCCGAGUGUACGAGGCAGGGGCCCAGGCCCCGCAGCAGGACUCCUCGCAGCCCCCCAAAGCGGGCCCUCCACAUCAACCCCUUUCCAGCUGCCCCUCGCCAUCCCGCCUCCCCAGCCAGUCCUGCACCCCAGAGCUACGCCCAGGGUCGGCAGUCCUUCAAGAGGAGAGCCUGGGGACAGAGGCCCAGGUGGAGAAGGUCGUGGAAGGCAACUCUUCAGACAGGGAGCAGCCCCCAGAGGGCAAGGACGAAGGUCUGGCUGAGGAGGUUCCAAUCCAGGUGCCAGCACAGAACCUCAGACACCCAUUGCCCGGCUCCCCUGACCUGACCCUGCAGCCCAAACCAGUCGUGGACCACCUCCCACCACGGAACCUGGGCAGGGGCCGUUCUAAGCAGUUGGCUCUGAGGGUGUUGUGCCUGGCCCAGCGCCAGUAUUCCCUGCUCCAAGCAGCCAACCUCCUGACCCCUGACAUGAUCGCAGAAUUCGAGAUGCUGCAGCAGCUGGUACAAGAGGAAAACACUGAGCCUGGAGCAGAGGCCACCGGGGAGCCUGACCCGGCCAGGGGGUCACCUCUGGCUCAGGAGCUACGUUCAGAGUCAAAGUCUCUAGGAUACUCCGGCCCUGUGACCCGGACCAUGGCAAGGCAACUGAGUGGCCUCAUACACACUCUCGGGGUCCCACCCAGGCCUGACCGCACCUCAGCUCAGGCAUCCCAACGGCCCACAGAGAAGAAAAGGAGGAGACCGAGCCCCUUGGAGCCAGACAGCCCACCAGCCCCGAAGCCCGGGACCAAGCGCCAGCGCCAGUCCCUCUUGCCCUGCCUGAGGAGGGGGACCCCUCCUGAGGCUCGGCUUCCGGAAGGGCCCAUCACCCCCACAGGGGGACGGGCCUCCUCCCCCUGCCAUUCCCCUCACUUCUGCCCAGCCACAGUCAUCAAAAGCCGGGUGCCCCUGGGCCCUUCCGCUCUGCAGAACUGCUCCACCCCUCUGGCCCUGCCCGCACGGGACCUCAACGCCACCUUUGAUCUCUCCGAGGAGGCCCCCUCAAAGCUGGGCUUCCACGAAUGCGUUGGCUGGGACAGUGUCCCCCGGGAGUUGGACAGGCUGGAUCAGCCCUUCAUCCCCAGCGGACCCAGGCCCCUGUUCACCGUGAAGGGCCCCAAGCCGGCAACUUCCUUCCCUAGGACCUCAGCUCGCAAGAAGAGGCGCGUUGUGAGUUCCUCAAUCUCCCGCGGCCACAGUCGCAUCGCCCGCCUGCCCAGCAGCACCUUGAAGAGGCCAGCUGGGCCCCUGGCAAUCCCAGCCCCACCUUCUGCGAAGGGCCCCUGCUCCUUAGCAGGUGAAGAAGCUAUCACCCCUGAAGGCCUGGUCCAUCCUCCUACAGCCUGCAUGUGGUGGGUUGCCAGGAGUCCUGUCGUCAGAGAGAGCGUCUUAGUGGUCCCCUGGUCUUACAAGGCUCCAGGCUGAGGCUCCACCUGCUGGAACCCAUUGAAAUCUUCCUCCCACAGCUCCGAAAGCUCCCCUCCACCCCCGUUCGUGGCUUUCCCCU